AUGUUUCUCACAAUCUUUCACUCAUCAGUGAAUCCUACUCCUCCACCUGACCUCGAAGAGCGUGACUUGAUUCUUGCCCCUAGGAUGGGAGACCUAACCAAGGUUAAAAGCAUCUUGUUAGAGGAUGGAGUGGACAUCAAUUAUUUCGAACCCUGGCGAAUGCAAGUUGUGAUGAUAGCGGCGAUGUCGGGACACAAGGAAGUUGUUGAGUUUCUUGUGAAUGAAGGAGCAGAUUUGUCACUUGUGGACCAGUUCGGUAACAACAUCCUCCAUCAGGCCUGUAUGGGAGGAGAUGUAAAGACUGUGAAGUAUCUCCUCUCACAGAGCGUAGUGGGCAUCAACAGUAAGGGGCAGCACAACAGAACACCACUGAUGUUUGCGAUAUUGGAAAGGUGCCAUGAAGUGAUGGAGUUACUUGUAGAGGAAGGAGCUGAUAUGUCACUAGUGGAUGAUGUCGGUAACAACGUACUCCACUGCGCCUGUAUUGGAGAGAAUGCGAUGGCUGUGAACUUUCUUCUGGCACGUGGUCUAGCAGACAUUCAUGCCAGGAACCAACUGGUAACCAAACCUCCAUGGCCUGCUAUGAGCCCGGAUCUGAACCCAUUGGAGCCUGACUGGGGCAUUCUUGGAAGCCGAGUGCAAGCACUGGAUCCGCCUGUACAAGAUCUGGCAUAUUUGGAAGCAUCUUUGCGCCGGGAGAGGCAGCAGCUGCCCCUGGAGCGAAUCCGGAGACUCACCACAAGCAUGAGGAGGAGGGUCAAAGUAGUCAUCCAUGCACAAGGUGGAUAUGCACGCACAUUGUUCAUGUGA